CAAACAACAUGGGAGGGACGCGCAUUGCAGCACUGACAGCUAGCAACUAGCUUGACAUUCACUAGCCUCACCGGGCCGGCCUCACCGGGCCGGCCCCACCGGCCCACUUGGUGACCGGCCAAUCCGCCAUUGGACGAGACUGACAACUUCUCUCAUGAAAUGCCCACGCACAUAUGUUUGCUACGUCUUUUUUCUGUGGCUUCGCUUCACAGACCCCAACCCCCCAAAAAAAUAUUUUCGCAUCGGAUCUACACGAUUCACGUAGGUCACCUAUUUUGUAUUCAAAACGGCGAAUUUCGCCGAAAGAAAAUAACCCUAAAAAUGAAGUCUUUUACCUACAUCUUCCGCUACAAGAGCAGAGUCUACAGGCAGCCCAAUGUGGAUGAGAAACAGAUUGCCAAGCUUCAUACAAAGGCCAAUCUGAGGAAGUUCAUGGAUCUCAUCCAGCAUAAUCAGGUGGACAAAGUGUCUAAGAUGUUGGAGAGGGGCUUCGAUCCCAACUACCAUGACAGUGAGACCGGUGAGAGCCCACUGACUUUUGCAGCGCACCUGGACAAUGCAGUAGAGUUGAUCAAGGUGCUGAGGAAUGGAGGAGCUCACCUGGACUUCAGAGCCAAAGACGGCAUGACUGCUCUCCACAAAGCUGCACGCUCCAAAAACAACGUCACACUCACGACACUACUGGAGUUGGGAGCUUCACCAGACUACAAGGACAGCCGUGGUCUGACUCCUCUGUAUCACAGCGUGGUCGUGGGAGGAGACCCGGGCUGCUGCGAGCUCCUGCUGAACCACCAUGCCUCAGUCUGCUGCCAGGACGAGAAUGGCUGGCAUGAAGUUCAUCAGGCUUGUCGUCAUGGCCAUGUGCAGCACCUGGAGCAUCUGCUGUUCUAUGGAGCAGACAUGAGCGCUCAGAAUGCCUCUGGAAACACCGCUCUACACAUCUGUGCCCUAUACAACCAGGAUAACUGUGCCAGAGUGCUGCUUGUUCGUGGAGCUGACAAAGAAGUGAAGAACUACAACAGCCAGAGUCCAUUUCAGGUUGCCAUUAUUGCUGGGAACUUUGAGCUUGCUGAACUCGUUAAGAACCACAAAGAGACAGAUAUAGUGCCUUUCCGCGAGGCUCCAGCCUACUCCAAACGCCGCCGGGGUCUGUCUUCUGGUAACGGCAGCGGAAACGACCAGUCCCCCUCCUCGUUAUCAGCGCCACGGGUCCUGCUGCGCUCCAACAGCGACAACAACCUAACAGUCAGUCAGUACCAGCAGCAGCAGCACGGUUCUCCUGGCAACUGGGCCCCCCAUCUGCAGCAACACGCCCAGCCCCACCCACACAGGGCCCCCCAGCAGGGUCACUCGCAGCCUGGCUCCUCAGCAUUACAUCGCAGCCUGUCACCCCAGCUGCUCCAGCAGAUGCCCAGCGGCAGCCCCAAUGGCAACGUGGUGGUCCGGACCAUGGGGAGGGGGGCAAGGAGCCGGUCACCCUCCCUCAGCCGGCUGGGGGAGGAGGCCCGACGGGCUUUACCCUCACAGCGCCAGCCAAGUCCUAGCAGUCAUGGCGAGGCAGUAGGCACCAGAAGGAAGCUGUACAGCGCAGUUCCUGGGAGAAAUUUUGUGGUGGUUCGUCCUUACACCGCCCAAGCAGAGGGAGAGAUCAACCUCUACAAGAGCGACAGGGUCAAAGUUCUGAGCAUUGGAGAGGGGGGUUUCUGGGAGGGCAGUGCCCGCGGCCAGGUGGGCUGGUUUCCAGCCGACUGUGUGGAGGAGAUCCCGGCCAAGGCCACCGAGGAGAGGAGCUAUUCCCGAGCGGACCGUGCUGACAGACGGAAGCUCUUCAGACACUACACUGUGGGCUCCUAUGACAGCUUUGAUGCCUCCAGUGACUGCGUGGUGGACGAGAAGACGGUGGUGCUCCAGAAAAAGGAGAAUGAGGGAUUUGGCUUCGUCCUGCGAGGAGCAAAAGCGGAUACACCCAUUGAGGAGUUUACUCCCACACCUGCCUUCCCCGCCCUGCAGUACCUGGAGUCUGUGGAUGAGGGAGGAGUGGCAUGGCAGGCGGGGCUCAGGACGGGGGACUUCCUCAUCGAGGUAAACCAGGAGAAUGUGGUGAAGGUCGGCCACAGACAGGUGGUCAACAUGAUCCGCCAGGGAGGGAACCGGCUCCUUAUCAAGGUGGUGACAGUGAGCCGGAAUCUGGACCCUGACGAUACGGCACGCAAAAAAGCUCCUCCACCACCAAAGAGAGCCCCCACCACAGCCCUGUCCAUGCGCUCCAAGUCAAUGACAUCUGAACUGGAGGAACUCGCCACUCUAAGGAAAAAGAAAGGUGACAAAGUUGAAGAGAUGACGCAUGCCCAGAAGACCUCACCUGUUGAUAUGAAGAUUGCCACAAUCAAACCACGCCCAUCCAGUCGUUGUUUGGUGACAGCAGCUGAUAUGAACUCCAUGUAUCAUGACCGCCAGGGAGUGGCAGUGGUGCCGCCCACUGUGCCAGGGGCCUUCCUGGGAAUACCUGAGAAGGGCACUAUGAAAAAGCAAAAGUCCAUAGGUACAACAGAGGAUGAGAAACAGGGAUUCCUCACACCUCCACUACUCAAGUUCUCCCGCAGCCUCUCUAUGCCCGACACCUCAGAGGACAUCCCUCCUCCCCCAGCCAUUUCACCUCCUUCACCACCUGACUACAACUCAGCUGCUGGCCCUACACCCAAGAGCUACGGCACCACACGACCCAGCUUCACCCAGAACUCACCCAAUGCGGUGAAGACCAUUAGCCGAACCACUGACGUUGGUACGUUAAGGCGUGGCUAUUUCCGCCAGAGCUCAGAGCAGUUUGAGAGCACACGCACUCGAGGGCGCACACCAGUGCCAGAGAACCCUUACUCCGAGGUGGGCAAUAAGACACUGUAUGUGCCAGCCAAACCAGCUCGAAGAAAGGGCAUGCUAGUAAAGCAGUCCAACGUUGAGGACAGUCCAGAGAAAACGUGUCACAUGCCAGCAAGCCCCUCUGGCGCAGUUUCCAUGCCUACUACGCCUGUAGAACGGACAUGCUCCUCCAUCCCAAUCCCCACAAUCAUCGUUAAGGAGCCCUCCACCAGCAGCAGUGGCAAGAGCAGCCAGGGUAGCAGUAUGGAGAUUGAGCCCACCACCCCUGAACACCCACCUCUCACACCCACUGUUUGUGGGAGCGGAGGGUUGCGUCCUGAAGACCCUAUGUCUCUAAGCAACCCUUUUGCAGCAGCCAUUGCUGGGGCAGUGCGGGACCGGGAGAAGAGGCUAGAGGCAAAAAAGCACUCCAUUGCCUUCCAGUCAAUAGACAUGGGGGAUGAUGACUUUAGCAGUCCCACGCCAACCCCUCGCCUUCGCCAGUCAAAGUCCAUCGAUGAAGGCAUGUUCAGUAGCGAUGAGCGGCUUCGAAGGAUAUUGGGUCCUCCUGCAGCACAGCUUGGGCCCCCUGUUGGGGGCGGUAGUGGCAAUAUGACAGAUUUCAACACCCCUGAGCCCACGGUGGUGCGGGAACCUCUAAACACCAGGACGGGCCAGUGUCCCAACCUGGACAGUCCUGUUAGUCUCCCAUCCACCCCUCCUAAGAGCCACUAUAGGGCUAAUGGGACCUACCUCCAUCCUGUCACCGGCAAGCCCUUGGAUCCUAAUUCUCCACUUGCCCUGGCCCUGGCAGCUCGUGACCGAGCCAUGAAGGAGCAACAAAACCAUCCUCAGAAUCAGCCACCAAAUCCUCCUCAGGUUCAGCAAGCACCCAAGCAUGAAGCCCAGUCCCUUCCAAUUCAGCCAAGCCACAAACCAGACCUCAACCAACCGCUGUUCAUUGACACCAAACUGCGCUCUGGGAUUGAGACAAGUUUUGCUGCAAUCUCCACAGCAACCAUGGGGCGGCCUGGCCGGGGUGGCCUGCGGAGGCAGAUGACGGAGCAGAAGUAUGAGACUGAUGGGGCACGGGAAGAACGACAGCAUCAGGCAGUUGAGGAGAGAAAAAGCGCACCGGCAGAUGUGGCAGACGCAUCACAGCCCAAGUCAGCCGGGCUGUUGAUGGUCCACACCAGCAACGAAGCAAAUAACAAGGUCAACAACCAAGAGGUCGAGGGGCAGGACAGCAACAGGCCAUCUGAGCUUAAGGACCCCAACCAACCUGAUCCUCUCAAUGCUACAACUCUGUCCGUCAAUCCCCAGCCACCUUCAUCACGGAGGAGGAGUAUUCCCUUAGGGGAGUCUCUGGAUGAACCCGUAAAGCUGCCCUUCCGCAUCCCCCCUCCCCCUCUGGCCUCAGUUGACAUUGAUGAGGAUUUUGACUUCUCAGAGCCCCUCCCCCCACCGCUGGAAUUUGCCAACAGUAUUGACAUUCCUGAUGAUCAGGCUAGUGCCAUUGCAGAGAUGCUUCAGCAACAGAGACGGAAUGGGGGACCACCUCUACCCCCCUACCAUGCUCAUGCCCCACCACCUGUCACUGAUCAACACAAACGGGUGGCAAACAGCAUGCCCCCCUCAUAUCCUCCUCCUCCACCUGACUCAGAGUCAGGGGUGGGUGACUCGGGCAUCGAAGAGGUAGACAGCCGCAGUAGCGGGGAUCCUCAGCACAUGGAGACCACCAGCACCGUUUCCAGCAUCUCCACCCUGUCAUCAGAGGGAGGCUUCUGUGACAGCGCUCUGGAGAGCCUUUAUGCCACCGCAGACGGACACGCCUUUCUGGUGGAUCGCCCCCCUGUGCCACCCAAACCCAAGGGCAAGUCUGUCAUCAACAGAACAUCGCUUUAUCAUGACGCUCUCAUUGAAGAGCCCCCAGAGUCCUAUGGGUCACCACCUCAGGCCCCUCCCCCUCCCCCUUCAUCCUCUGAGCCUCCUAGGACUCCUACUCAAAGGACAUCCAAGCUGUGGGGUGAUCAGCCCCCUGAGCUGCGCAGCCCCCCAUCCACACCAGACUCCAAGAACACCGUUAUCACCGAGCUGAGCUCCAUUCUGCAGCAAAUGAAUCGCGACAGGCCAGCCAAGCCAGGAGAGAGCCUUGACUCCCCCACGGGGAACAGGGGGGGCUUCGGAACAAGGCCUCCCACAGACGACUCAGGAAUGCGUAACAACGCUGCAGUUGCUGCCCUUACCUCCACCCCUCCCAGCAGCCUCCCAUCCCAGACGAACCCCUGCAGCCCGCCAGACUCCGGCUCCUCCCUCACCCCCUGCUCCUCCCUGCCGCCCUCUGUGUCCCCCACCCUCACAGAUGUCUUCGGCCUGCCCACUCCGCCCAUGGGCAGUGGUGGCGGUUACAGCCUGAGUUCCUCAUGUGGCGGCAGCGGGAGCUCGCGCUCCCCAUCGCCACUCACACUGAUGCAGGCGGUGGCAGCCUCAGGCAAGCCCUUUGCCUCCAAACCCAUGGAGCUUUGGAGCAAGCACGAUGUGGCAGACUGGCUGGAGAGCCUCAACCUGGGCGAGCACAGGGACGCCUUCCUGGACAAUGAGAUCGAGGGGGCCCACCUUCCCUCGCUGCAAAAAGAGGACCUGAUAGACCUGGGCGUGACAAGGGUGGGCCACCGCAUGAACAUCGAGAGGGCCCUCAAGCUGCUGCAGGACAGAUAAGCCCCGAGGAGAUGGGGUGGCGACAUUCGGAGUCAGGGCCGAGGAAAGGGAGGUGUUACCGAUCACUUUUACCAAUCUCUUCAUCAGACAUAAUCUCAAGUCGUUGAACUGGGUAGAAGUUUUGUCCAAGCUGAUGCUGCCUCUUGCUGUUUUUGUCCUCUCUCAUCCUCCGUCGCCCUCAUCUCAGUGCUCCGGUCUUGUCCGCCCUCUUCUUCCUUACCACUGCCCUGAGCAUCAGGGGAUCAUGGGAUGUCGGGCGGAAAUGCAGGGGGAGAGAGAAGAGAAUAGCUGCUAUGUCACAUCAAGGAGAGCGAAAGCAGAGGAGGCCAGUAUGAAGGGGUGACCAGAAGUGAAAAAACUCUGGAAUAGUGUGUAUUCAAACACUGGAAAAAAUACUCUCCUGGAAGUUAUUUCACAUAAAGACUUGUGCUCACCCAACUGCUUUGGAAUACUAAAGACUUUUUCCAUACACCCCGGUGUGGGUGCAUGAAAAACCAGCUGAGCUGGUCGUUGCUCCUUUUCUAUCUUUGCUAGAGUUUGUUCAGAGAAUAAUAUUUCUUCACUAGAGUCCUACCGGAGUUAUAUUUCUGGGUGCAUCUAAGGUUGUAGAGAAAAAUUUGAGAUAGACUCCAUUUUUUUGCUUUUCACCUGUUUGUGUCAAAAUAAGAACAUUAGCUAACAUGUUUAAAUAAAUACUAAACCAUAUAUCAUGUCCAUGCACACACACACAUACACACACACACUUUAUGCACAGUGCCACACACUGACAAAUGAGGUGACACACUCUUCACAGACAUACACACCCUAAGCAUGUAUACACACACUGUUACUGCGAUGGCCUUUUUCUCCUGAGAGAGAGCAAAGCGUGGAGAGACGUGGUCACCAGAGGAGGAGCUCUGCUGUAGCAGGGGCCCAAGGCCCCUCGCCAGUCUACACCCACCCGGUGUCCACCGCACCAUACAAGGGAAACCGAGGAGAGGACAUGAGGUACAAGAUGGACAGACAAAUGUUGGACUAAAAAAAUUCUCACCUUGAAAUGGCUUUUACCAGCUUGUCUGUCUGCAAAGGCCGUCCUUGUCCCUCUUGGCUUUUCCCUCUAGUUUGUAUGUAUGUGUGUGUGUGUGCGUGCGUGUCAGUGGUUGAUCCAAAAUGUCAUUAAGGCCAGUUAAGCUAUUUUCAUGGAUCUGCUAUAGGCCACAGUAUAGGGAAACUAGAGUUGUUCUUUACUUCUAUACUUUACUUUCUUCAUUCUGUCAGAUCUCCUUCCACUUCACCAUUAGCAGGUCAACACUUUGUGUUCAUAUGGUCCCACAGAAAAUGCUAAUGUAUAAACACCCUGUGAGUAUGUGGUAGAAGUUGAGGUUUAUUAGAGAGAGUGUCCCAAGGUUCAUGUUUAAAGGAAUAGUUUGAAAUUUUGGGAAAUACGCUUAUUUGCUUUCUUGCUGUGAGUCAGAUGAGAAGCUGGAGCUGGGUGAAGAUAACCUAAAGGUCCAGAGACACCAAACCGACAUCAAAAAACCAGCAGCGACAACAGCUGACUGUUGUCGCCUCACGUCACCUGUGUCUUGACUGAGAAGUUGCACAUGAACACACUGCGAAGACUACAGCCGACAGCUAGCCAUUAUGUACGCUCUGCACCCACAUAAGAGGAAAUAACUCUCCACACCAGCAGACAGUGGUAGUCGAUAUUUAUCAUUCAAAAAGGGAAAUAGGAACACCAUCUUGAUGCUUGUAAGCCAGUUACCAAAUUCACAACACAAUCCAAUGUUGAAAGAACAGAACAUAUUUACCGUGCACCAGUGAACAAUAACAUAAACCAAUGGUUAAAGAAAAUGAUCUUACAAGUUUGUUUUGAUCUCACUUCCUCUUGACUUUAGCUCUUUAUUACUUUCCUCACUUCGUUUCUCUUCUCGUGUGCUGAGCUGAACUGCCAAUCAGAGUGAUUUCAUUCAUCAACAGGCUCCACAGUCACCAACGUCAAUUCAACAUGCUGAAUUGGUUAAAAAUAAAGCGGACAAAGGCUGACUAGUGUCAACAGUGCAAGACACACCGCAAAGACUAGGACAACAGGUGUUUGGUAGCUUGCUAAUAUAUUAAGCUAAACUGGUAAAUCAGCAUGUUAGCAUUGUUAUGUGGUCAUCCCCAUGUUCCCAGGUUCCUAUGCUCUUGA